AGCUUACCUUGGCUGCUGAGCGCGCGCACGUUUGAUUGUCGUGGUGUAUAUACCAGCACACGCUGCGCCGUCGGAGCGAGAGAGAGAGAGAGAGAGAGAGUCUCUCGACGUCGCACACGGGAGAGGGACGACCAGGCGAGAGGGGGGAGGAUUUCCUAGACGAUGGCUAUAUAGGCGGCCCCGAGACCGGCCAGCUUUCCAGUUUUAUUGUCUCUGUGUGUACAAGUGCACCGGUCGCGGCUGGGCUUCUCUCGAUGUGCGCGCGACUUUGAGGGAGCGAGAGAGAGAAGCUUCUUCGAGAUCAUCAGCAUCAGCGUAGCGCCGAAGAGAAGAGGAGCAAGGACGAUGCCGCCGCAGGAGAAGUUCGGGAGCAAGGUGCCCGAGGAGCCGUCGCACCAGGACGAGCUCGGCGAGGGCCUGAACAACGCGGUCGGCGUGGUGGUCAGCCAAUCGCCGAGCGCCGAGGAGGAGUGCGACGGCAGCAUCCAGGUGGUCGUGCCCGUCGGCAAGAUCAAGCCCGGUAAGCCCGAGGUGAAGGAUGUCGACUUCGACGACCUGCUGCCGCACGUCGGCGAGUUCGGCACCUACCAGAAGAUACUCUUCAUCCUCAUGAUACCGUUCGCCUUCUACGUCGCCUGGGUCUACUUCUCGCAGAUAUUCAUCACUCUCGUGCCGGAGGAGCACUGGUGCAAGGUGCCCGAGCUCAUGGAUCUGCCGGUCGAGAGGAGGAUAGCGCUGUCCAUACCGCCGGAGAUGCACGGCUCGAUGGAGGGUAGGGCCAAGUGCCUAAUGUACGACGUCAACUACACGGACGUGAGGGAACGCGGUCUCGAAGUCGCCGACCCGGACUGGCCCACCAAGCCCUGCGACAACGGCUGGGAAUUCAACCUCACGGUCAUCCCCUACGCCACCGUCGCUACUGAGCUGGAGUGGGUGUGCGAGAACGCGGCGCUGCCGACCUUCGCCCAGAGCAUCUUCUUCGUGGGGGCGAUAUUCGGCGGACUGAUAUUCGGCUGGAUCGCCGAUCGCUACGGCCGUAUUCCGGCUCUGGUCGGGACGAACUUGGUGGGAUUCAUCUCCGGUAUCGCCACGAUCUUUGCCGGCAACUUCUGGGAGUUUGCCGCCUGCCGAUUCUUCUUCGGAUUCGCCUUCGACAACUGCUUCACCAUGAUGUACAUUUUGGUGCUGGAAUACGUCGGGCCGAAAUGGCGAACCUUCGUGGCGAACAUGUCGAUCGCGAUGUUCUUCACGUUCGCAGCCUGCAUCCUGCCGUGGAUCGCCUACUACAUAGCCGACUGGCGAUUGACCUGCGUGGCGACGUCGGUGCCGCUGGUGCUGGCCGUGGCAACCCCCUGGCUGGUACCGGAGAGCGCACGCUGGCUCGUCAGUCAGGGCCAGAUCGACAAGGCCAUGACGAUUCUCUCCAAGUUCGAGCGCAUCAACAAGACCAAGGUGCCCGAUCAGGUCUACAAGGACUUCAAGGAUACGUGCGCUAGAAUUCAGAAGGAAGAGGAGGCCGACAAGUCGUACUCGGUGAUCGAUCUUUUCCGCAGCCCCCGACUGCGAAACAUCACGGUACUCUUGGUCGUUAUCUGGAUGGCCAUAUCCCUGGUGUUCGACGGCCACGUGCGAAACGUCGACAACCUGCGCUUGGACGUGUUCGUGACGUUCACCGUUGCCUCGGCGACGGAGCUGCCGGCUGACACUUUCCUCACCCUCGUACUCGACCGCUGGGGUCGUCGCUGGCUCGCCUGUGGCUCCAUGGUUAUUUCGGGAAUUUUCAGUCUCUGGGCAAGCCUCGUCUCCAACAACAUCUACUCCGCCACCCUGGCGAUAAUCGGCCGAUUCUGCGUCAACAUCUCCUACAACAUCGGUCUGCAGUACGCGGCCGAGCUGCUUCCCACGGUGGUUCGGGCCCAGGGUGUCGCCCUGAUCCACAUAAUGGGCUACGUGGCCAGCAUAAUCGCCCCGUUCGUCGUCUACCUGUCCGUCAUCUCGGAGGUCCUGCCUCUCCUGGUCCUGGGAAUUCUAGGAAUAGCCGGAGGCUUCCUUGCGCUGUUCCUUCCCGAAACUCUAGACAAGGAUCUGCCCCAGACGCUGCAGGACGGCGAGGAGUUCGGCAAGGAUCAGGGACUCUGGGACAUGCCUUGUCUGAUGAAGAAAGCCGACGACGCGGAGUGUCCAACGAAGGCGAACAUACGUCGCAGCUCGACUAUUCGCAGUUCGCGACACGCUUCCUUCCGCGGCUCGAUUCGCGGCGAGACGCUGAGGAGCAGCAUGAUCCAGAGGUCGAGCAUCAGGUCGCGCCGAAGCGAGGCUCCACCUGUCGAGGAGGAACGACUCUAGGCCGAGGCCAAGUGCUAUUUCCUCUCGAACCGCGUCGUCGCCGGUAAGAAGAGGUGACAGUUGUCGCUCGAGAACUUUCUCAGCCUCGCUACUGGACGGCUCUUCGGGGAGGCUCAGUGUCAGCGAAGCGGCAGUGUUUGAGUGCCGCCGACGAUCUUAUCGUUGCUUGUGAUAAAAAGGACGAUGAUGCCAUUGCGAAUGAUGCGCUGUGUGCAAUUCUUUGGGAAUCGUAGAUGUCUCUUGUACCUUUUGAUGCCUCUUUCUUUUCUCUCUCAGUCUCUGUCUCUCUCUCUCUCUCGUUAUGACAGGGGAUUCGAUUUUUUACGGUUUUCGGAAAAAUUCGGUGUAAAUUUUUUACUUUUAUCACAGAACCGUCGAUUUUUCGCGUGAAUGAAUCAAGGAAGCGUUGAUGAAUUCUUCGACGCUAGUCAAAAUAUGUAACUGCUUUACUAGUAUUAUACUUGCCAAUUUUAAAGUUACUAUUAAUCAUACGUUUCGUUUGCGAGAAGCCAAAGCUCACACCGAGACUCGCAUGUGGAUUUUAGUCAAGGGUAUGGAGAAGCUUGAGAACGAGUAUGUCUGAACUUUGGUUUCAUUUUCAAAGGCGUGAAUAACUCUUUCACGGCCACUUGUAGGAAGAGAAGAUGUAAUAAUGCAUGUUCUUCAGCGUUAGUCAUGAGUAUAUCUUCCGCUUUAAUGUAGUACUUUACGCGUUCGCCGAAAGUUACGAGAAGGAUCGUAGGCGAGUAUAGCGAAGAGAACGAGCGAGAAAGACGAUGGUGUUUAUUUUUUAUACGAUGAUCGAGAGCUUGCAACGGAACGAGUGUAUCGUCAUCUUCUCGAGUAAGCCAUUCGACGGAUGAUUGCAUGAGCGUAUUGUGAGGCGCGAUUCGUAAGAAGAGUAAAAGUUAGAGAUUAAUCAAAAGAGAAACGGAUUUGCGUACUCGAUAUAGACGUGUAAGGAGAAAUGUACAUAACGGACACGAAGUAUUUAAGUAUGUGUAAUUUGUAUACGCUAGAUUUUUAUGUGAAGAAUUUCGUGUAUAAUUUGUAAAACCCGCACGUAGUCUUCUCUAACGCGAUGAAAUGUGCAGGUCAUCGAAAGUUAUCAAUCACUAUAUAUAAUUGCUUGUAUUGAAUUUUUAUCCAUCGACUUAGGCGUUGAUCGAGAAGAGUUGUUAUAAAAAUCGUUUUGUAUAUACCUGUAUAAGAAGAUUUAUCAAUUAUAUAAUAUCAAACUAUAUAUAGCUUUAGGAUUUCACGGUAAUAAAUAAAAAUACGCAUUUGUACAGUACAAUUUUGGCAUCGAUGAUAUUGAUAUCCACCUUAUAUUCCAUAUCACUGAAAUUACAAUUGAUAAACUCUGAUUAAAUGUUCGCAUUAUAUCUAUGCAUGUGAAUAAAUCGAUCUGUGCUUCAUCCAUAAAGUUAUAUACUGCACGCAAUAAAGUAUAAUUAAUAUGCCAAU